UCCACUGAUAAUUUAUUAACUACAUUAUGAAGGAUCCUCGUGAGCAGGCUGAAUGCAUCGUUAAUGAAGAUUUACUGAACAAAAAAAUUAUUGAAGAAAUCAUCGUAAUGUGCCGUCCGAUCGCCCUCUCCUCUCUCGCCAGGCUACUGCUGGGUUUUUCAUUAAUGACAUGCGUGGCGGCGGAGGGGCAUGGCAGGAGGCCUGCCUUUGAUGGCGCUCCUGUAGGGCAUCCCGAUGGCUUCAAUCAUCUCCGUGUCCAACCCGAACUUCGCAGUCUGCGAAUCCCCGUCGGCCACGACCCCCACAGUCUGCAACCCGCUGUCGGCUACGACCUCCGCAGUUUGCAACCCUUCAUUGAUCCCGCCAUGAGGUUGCAGAGUCGGCAGGCACUAAGUCGUUCCGUACGUGCAGAGAAUCCCGAAGGCCAAGAUGAAGCGCGUAUGGUUAAUUUCCGUUCAGGCUUGUGGAAUCUUCUAGGACAGGUGCCUAUUGAUGAUUUCUCGCAAGAAAAAGAUGGCCUCUCCAAGAAUUUUUACGAGUAUGUCAGAGGUACCACAAGAAAACAACUUGAAGAAACUUCACUGGAAUCUCCUGCAGAAGAAAAUUUAGAUUCGCACAAUUUAAAACCUUCUAUGAGGUCAGAGCCAUCGAGUGAAAGAAUUUUUCAAUCAGAUUUUGGGAACACAAGGUUAAAAGAUCUGCCUGCUGAAGCUCUUGAAGCGUUAAAGGAAUUAGGCUACGAUCCAAAACCAAAAAACGAAUUUGCAAUAAAUAUAAAGUCUAGAGCAAAGCUAAUACACGCCGGUCCAGAAAUAUCUGCUCUGCCAACUGAGCGCAAUCGCCCCGUCUCACCUCCACAGAAAACAAUUCAAUCAUACAACUUGAACAAACCCUCAACACAUUCUUAUCCUGAGGACAUUCACUUCUAUGCAGACGCUGCAGCAAGUGAACAGGGCUUGUCGCCACAACCUGCAUUUCCUCCCGCCCGAGCUCCUCCUUCGACGUGGGGUGAAGCAAAAUCUCCAGAAAUACUGCAAGUACUCGCCGGUGGUUCUCCAAUACAAUUUGGCGACGACAAUCAAAUAAAAAUGGUUGACGGAGUCAAAUCGGUCAUUGAAAUUUCCUCGGAGUCUCACCCAACAAAAUAUUUUUUAAGUGCUUCCUACGUGGACCCUUCGUCUCCAUCGCAAGUUAAACCGCUUCCGAUUGAUAUUCUUUUCAAGGGUGCGAGUGCAUCAGAGCUAAAUAAACCUCCCGUAAAUGAUCAGCCAGCACAGUUUGAUUAUUAUCACCCUAAUGAAAAACACGGUUCUCAAUCAUUGCCAUCUGAGUCACCAACAAUUAUCUUAGAAAAUACCGAGCCAGCUUUAGAUCAAACUGUCUAUAAUCAAAAUGAGUUAGAAAUCCGAAACUCGGAUGGUGACAAGGAAGAAGGAAAAAUCGAUCUUUUCCUGAAUGAUGAUCUACAAGAGAGCGAUUAUUUGUCGCAGCUUCAGUCAAAGUUAACAAGAUUAGCCCAGCACCUGGACGAGGGGAUUCCCGCUAGUUUUGAGGAACGACCAGCACUCGCUGGAAAAAAACACGUAACAGUUCAUGUAAACGCGGGCUCCAUGGCUGCACCAGAUAAGCUCAGUCAACAGUCUGAAGUUCCCUUUGUAAUUCCUAAACACGUGUCAGAAAUGGUUGAGAAUAUCUCAAGUAUCAUAGGUGAAAAUCCUAGCCUCGAGACAAUGAACGCAAUGAUCACGCACUUUAGUAAAGUUUUCCAGCACGCAGAAAAAAUCUUGUUUCAAAAUAUUUCUGACAUUGCCGACGUCGAGCAGCAGACCGAGGUUGCACCUGAGGAACCCACGACUCAGGCUCCAGCAGUUUCGUCGAUGAGGUCUCCUCAACACGUCGUGAUCGUCUACCGCCCCGUCCUUUUCGUCAGUCAUGCCAACGACAGCGACUGGUCAAAAGUCAUCGGUCAAGGCUACAAACCAACAGUCUUGACCGAGCACGGGGAAACCAGUGAAACUUUAACAAGAGAAGUACUCAAUACUUUAGGACCAGACUUGCUGGAAAACUUGAAGGAAUAUUUUGCUGGGCAAAAAAGUCAAGUAACUGCAACAGGAACCAGAAAGUUCCCAGACUCACUUUCACAAGUUAUGAAUGACAGGGAAGAAUUAUAUCACAUCCAAGGUGACUACAUCAUCAUAGAUGGGGAAAAUAAAAUUAAAAAUGAGCAAUCUCUAGGAGGCAAUGGUACGGAUUUGCCGCCUGAGGUCAGCGUUCAAGACGACAAUGAGAAACAAGCCCUCACUGUAGACCUCAUCGUUACCCAGAAAAACCAAAUGCUCCCUCAAAGUUCCGGCGAGCAGCCUGAGAAGUUUAAUAAAAUCGUUGCUCAUUCUAAAAAGUCAGAAAAAACUUCAGUCAAUAAUGGCUUGAAGCACAGAAAAGAAAGUUCUCCGAAGAAUUCAAGUGUUAUUCAACAAGUUCAUAACAUAAUAGUUCCAUCAAGCUCAGGAAUUUUUCAAAAUGAAUCCGUAUUAUCGGCACAGUCCAUCGAAAAAUUGAAAGAAUUGAACCCUUCGGCGUGGUGGCUCGGUGAUUUGCCUGAUGGGAACGAUGCCGGGAAAAAGUACGUCGUGAGGAGGAUCAUCAAGCGCCGUCGUAACAAACCAACCAACUGGUCCAAACUUCCCGUCCUGAAGCCUCCUGUGGUGGGGCUGUCGGAGAACCCCGAGGCUUCUUACCGAGCUCAUCCUCAGGCGAGUGUCCGGGGAUGGAGGCUACCAACAGAGCCACCAAGACGGCCACAUACAACACAGAACGUAAAAUAUUCUACACAAAACAGCAAAUCAAGGACGCAAAACUUUAAAUCUGUCGAAGAAGAAGGGCGUAUGAACGAUCAAUCUCCCCUGGUAAUUUUAGAGAAGCCUAUAACAGAUUUGCCAGUGAACACACUUGCCGAUCUUGUCAUGAAAUUCUACAGGAGUGUUGAUCCAGCUGAAUAUUCUUCUGAAUAUUAAAUCCUGCAGAGAAAAUCCGACGACGAGCUGGUUACUUUCUCGGACCCUUUCUAAAUCUAAUCUAAUCUAAUCUUCAUUUCUAAAUAAAAUUAAAUUAAUG